AUGGGGAGCACCUCGGCAGUUCGACGUCUGAAGAAAAUGCGUAGAGAGCAUUAUCCGGACUUUUUGUUCCUCCUGGAGACUAAAAACUCCAGUGAUCAUGUGAUGGGGGUGAAGGACUGGAUGGGUUAUGACAAAGUUCACAUAGUGGAUCCUGUUGGGUUAAGUGGUGGUUUGGCUUUGUUCUGGAAAGAUUUGUAUCGAGUGGAGAUUUUACAGUCUGAUGCCCGGUUGAUUGAUACAAGGAUAAGUCAAGGGACAAGGGUUUUCUAUAUAACUUUCGUCUAUGGUGAUCCAGUUCGACAUUUGAGAGAGGAGGUUUGGGAGCGUCUUACGCGUAUUGGUUUGCAACGUGAUGAUCCAUGGAUGCUUACAGGUGAUUUUAAUGAAAUCAUGGAUAAUUCAGAGAAAUUAGGAGGCCCGAGACGACCAGAAAGUUCUUUUUACCCUUUUAGAACUAUGGCGAGAAACAGUCGGGUAAAGGAGAUCCCAAGUUGUGGGAAUAAACUCUCAUGGGGUGGUAGAAGAGACAGUGUGUGGGUCCAGUGUCGUCUGGAUAGAAGCUUUGGGAAUAGUGGUUGGUUCAACCUCUUCCCUCGUGUUAUAACGGAGUAUCUAGACCUGCUAGGUUCAGAUCAUCGACCGAUAAUAACAAGACUGGUAGGAGCUAAUAACACCUAUAGAGGAAGAUUCAUUUUUGACAAGAGAUGGAUCGACAAGCCUGAAACAAUGAAGAUUAUUCGUGAACAAUGGUCUCGGGAAGGUGACUCUCAGGGUAAAUCCGUACUCAAUGGUCUGACUCGCUGUAGAAAAGCCUUAUCUAGGUGGAAAAGGACUCAUGUGACUAAUUCAGAAACUCAGAUUCAAUUGUUGCGGCGAGAUUUAGAAGAGGAAGCUACGAAGGUGCAUCCAAACUUCCAGAAGUAG